AUGGUGACAGAUGUGACAGCUGACCUGUGCCUGCAGGUCAGAUUUGAGGAUGCGAAGACCGUGAAGCUUGAAGAUGGCCGCAUGGUCACUGAAUUUGACGCACGAUCGACGGCAGAGCGGAUUUGGGUGCUUGCCGGUGGUGUUCUGGCCAAUGUUGCCGUCGCUUGGUCUUCUCUGCUAGCUGGCGCCCUGGUAGCUGGAGUUCCGACGAAGGACUUGCUUCCCGGUAUCCGCAUCUCAGCUGUGGAUGACGAAGCAUUUGCACGAACCGGCUUGAAAGCUGCUGACGUGUUGCUUCGCAUUGGAGGUUUAGACCUGAACUUCUCCGGGGCCGAGGUACGUCAGACGGUGGCUUUCAUUAACCAGCUUCCUGCCGGAAGGCCCGUCGAGAUGCUCGUACAACGGGGCACUGAGGAGGUCCUCCUGACUGCAAACACCAUCACCGACCCGAACACCGGGUUGCAAAGGCUUGGCGUGAUGAUCGAAACCAACUCGCAGCGGGUCCUGGCUAAAGCGGAAGGCUUCUCGGAAGCCGCAGGUGUGGCGACAGAUGUACUCACCAAGCUUCUGGAUGAACAGGUCAAAGCUCUCGAAGGACUCUUUACAGGCAUGGGGCCUGGAGAAAUGGUAGGCCCGGUUGGCAUCGUAAAGCAGGGCGAGGAUCUGAUGGCUGCCGAAGGCUUGCUUGGGAUCUUCAUCUUCUUUGUAACUGUGAAUCUGAACUUGGCUUUCAUCAAUGCUUUGCCUUUGCCUGCGCUGGAUGGUGGGAAGGCGCUUUUCGUCCUGGCCGAGCAGGUUAGUGGGCAGCGCCUGGACGAGAACAAGAAGCAAGACGUGGAGUUGGCCUUCCUGCUUCUCGUUGUCCUCGGUUUGGGCAGUGUCACUAUCAAGGAUGUCGGCCAUCUUUUCGAGAGCAAGUGA